GCCAUUUUCCCUGCCUUCUUCUCCUCUCGCGCGCAGCUUCCUUCUCUGUUCAUGGCACACGGCAGCAGCACCUCCCAUGGCACCGGCGAAGCUCCAGCUCCAAGCUCCCUGCACCCUCCUCCCCUUCUUCCUCAAGCAAGCGUCGCCCUCCCCAUGCUCCUGAGUGCGCAGGGCAGAGCAAGUUCAGUAUCCUUGGAUCUAUGGCGCCCAGCAGAGCAGCCAUGGCCGAGCUCCCUGGGAGCACGCCGACGCCCCUGCUCUCACCCUGGUCGCGACCUUCUCUGAUGUUUGCUCCAUGGCCGCCAGCAACCUCCCCAUGGCCGAGAACUUGACGCCGUCCAGCUUCAAUCCAAGUUCCCUGCGCCUUCAUCCAUGGCGCGACGCCCUCUGCCUUUCUCCCUGGGCACCUGGACGCGUGCACCACUCCUCUGGCUCGCCUCUCUUCAGGCACGGCCAGCUGCAGCCCGCGCUCCACCUCCCAUGGUGCCCAGAAAUUCCAGCAGACCAUCCUCCUUCCCCCAAACAGCGGCAGCUCGCCCCACCUCCCCUCGCUGCGCAGCCCCUCGGCGAGACGCCGCUGUUCCUGCAGCGGAUCCCCGACGCCCUCCCCUGCUCCUCCUCUCUUCCCCACAAAACAGCAGCCGCAGCGAGCUCGCUGUCGUCCAUGGCGAGCAGCCUCCCUCGAUGCGCAGGAGCUCUUCUUCCUCCCAAGGACAGCGCCCCUAUUUCCCUCUCCCGGCAGCGCAGCGCCCCGCAACCAAGUUUUCCCUGCAGCCCCACCAAAUCGACGCGCCGUAGGUGCUCGACAAAAUGUGCAGCAAGCCGCGUGCUGCCGGCUCGCUGUUCCGUGAAGCACAGUGGACAGCACGCCGUCGACACUCGCCGGUUGUAUGCUGUUUUUGGCGCAGCCCCGCUCGCGACAUCGUCGACCCCCGCUAGCCGUCAAUGCCAACCGUCGUGCACGCGUGUUCGAUACAAGGCCGGUCGGGUGAACCACAUGCAUGCCCAACUCCGAUCCGAUCUCGUUCAGGUUGAUUGAUUUAUAAUAAUACAUAUGCUUUGGUUGAUGUCGGGCAGUGCAUGUAUAUAUGUGGAUGUGUGUAAUAUGUUUCGGCUAUACGCGUUGGUAGGAUCGCAUUUGCGGUUAGAGAACAAGAGGUUGUUUGAUGUGUGCGAUUUAUAGUUAGUCCAAUUAGGUUUUGGUCGAUGAUGUGCAUGUAUGAUUAUGUGAUUGAAAAUACAUUUAUGUGAAUGGAAGCGCGUAGAGAAGAAAAUGAAGUAGAAAAGAACUCGGAUGUUUUUACGUUUCGAUAGGAAGAUGUGCGAUGUGUUGUUUGAUGCGAAGGAUAGGUUUUACUAGUUUAAACGGUUAGUCGGCAGACUCGAUCAGUAAAGCUAAAAAUUUAUUUUUGCGAUUAAGAUGAGGUGACGACAUGCCGUAGUAGUCGUCGCCUUCUCUAUAUUUUCGAGUUGGAUAAAUACCAUAGGCAAAUAAUUGUUGAUACCCAAAGAGUGUUAGAAACAAAUAGUCGUGCUCUACCUAUUGCGUCAAAGGAAAUAUGGUAUGUUGAUUAAUUGGGAGUUAAGUGACCUUAUAUAGAAAAGUAGUUAAGAAAACUAAUCGAAUUACUUUUAGCUAUAUUUUAAGUUAAGAUGUCUAAAAUGGUGAAACUAGUUUUGUUGGUCUCAUGGUGUUAUGAUCGAGAAAAAUAUGAACUUGUGUAUGAAUUCCUAUGUUUUUCAUGCUGUGUUAGCCAACUCUUGUUAAAUAGAGGAAUUCAAUUGCGUUAAGUAAUUGUUAUAUGUAGGUGUUUUCAGUACUUCAAGUGGUUGCAAGUUAAUUAGUAGACUCUCUAUGUGACGCUAGGUGUCUAUGUAGAAUUCUGAAAAUUAUGGUGCCCCAAAUUGUCG